GAUAUAAAUUUCGUACACAAGUAGGGCGCCAGGAAGCGAAACCUUAUUGAAAAUAUUUUGUUAAACAUAUGGAUUGUCAUUGAACGAAAAAUGGGGGUUAUAUUGUCGAGAAUAAGGAAAAAGAAAACUACCAUAGAGCUGCUAGCGUCCAUUGAUGUGGAAGUUUCCCGCCUAGAGAAAUUCAAACGUCAGAAUCAGGAGCGCCAGAAAUGGUUCAUAGCGAAGCUUCUUCUCUACUCCAUCCUUUCCUACAUUGCUGCAGCGCUCGUUUUCUACUUCUACUAUUUCCCUGACAAAUGGAAGGACCGGCUGCUGUAUUCUGUGCCCCUGCUGUUGUUUCCAUUAGUCAUCUGGCUGGUGAAGAAAGGACUGCACUGGUAUUUUGUUCAAAGGAUUGCUAAAAAUGAUUUGGCAUUGGAAGAAUUGCAAGAGAAGAAGAAGCAAAUUCUAGAAGAUGUCAUGGAGAAAGAGACGUACAAGAAAGCCAAAGAAAUCUUGGAGAAAUUUGACCCAGCAAGGUUUAAAGAACUGGAGGCGCCGAAAGAGACACCCAUGAAACCUACCAUAGGCACAGAACUGCGACAGCGCCAAGUGGGUCAAAGGUCACCACCCGGGAUUCAGCUACGACCCAUGACCCCAGGUCACUCACUUAUGACGCCAAUGAGGCCCCAGCCAGGGGGUCAGGUGCGACCUGGAAUGACCCCAUUCGGACCCCGAGGUGUUCCGGGUCAAGGCAUGCAGCCCCGAAAUCUGCUGAACACUCCGGGAGUUCAGGCAAAUGGAGGUCCCACCCCCCAGGGUCCCCCUCUUCCACGCCCAAUUCUUCCCCGAGAGCGCAGCAUGAUGGACCGAGUACUGGAGUAUCUGGUGGGAGACGGACCCCAGAACCGUUACGCCCUCAUCUGCAACAACUGCCAUUCGCACAACGGCAUGGCCAUGUCGGAGGAGUUCGAGUACAUUACAUUCCACUGCUGUUACUGCUACACAAUCAACCCUGCUAGAAAACAGAGGCCAUUUGCUCCAAGAAUAGAACCACCGCCAGCUGCGCAAAGGGUACAACUGAUAAGCCCAGAUGAGGGCACUGAUUCAGAAGGUGAGGCCGAGGAGUCCAACGAUGGAUCCCCGGGAGGCUCCGGCUCAGACGGGGGCACUGGAUCCCGGGGGAGCACACCUGACAGUGAGAUAGUCGAGGGGGACAAGCAUGGGGAAACCAUGGAGAUUGAUGAGAGUGAAGAGGCUCCUCAAGGGGGAAUUAAGCAGAGGGGGGAAACUGAGGGGUGAGGAUUGAGGGUAAUCAGGAGUGGGGGUGGGCUGGUUAUGGGGGGCUUUGAUAGCAGGGAUCAGUUUGAUUAAUCAGGUUACAUUGUGUGAUAGAGCGUGACUUUUUAUUGAUGGAAUUCAUCACUAAACAUUGAAGGGUGUAAGAAUUCUGCUCAGGGGUAGUGGGGGGGGGGGGGUUCUUUUGUUAGAAUUCAGCUCAUUGAUGAGUGGAACAUUUUUGAAAGGGGUUGAGAAAAGAGCAUAUGGGGUGCAUUGAUGGAGGCUCCUUAUCACUUAGAUUAAUUGUGUGUCCAUGACCAAUGCACGCUGAGUAGUGCAAAUCAAAGAGAUUAACAAAAUGUGUUUCAAAUCUUUUGGAAGCCUGUGAUUUAUGUAGUUCAAAUCUAUAAAGCUUUAAUGUAACUUUAUUUUGAGUUCUGUAUAUGCAUUGUCAACUUUGGAUGUGUUUGCAAAUAUUAGGAGAUUAAUGAUCAGAACUGUUAACCCUUUGCGUGCUGGGAAAUUUAUCAUCUGCUAAAAUGUCGUCUGCUGAAUUUCUAAAAUUAGCAUUUUCUUAGAUUUUUUUCAAAGAAUACUAUCAGAAUAGCAAACAGUUUGGAUCCUGAUGAGACGCCACGUUCUGUGGCGUCUCAUCUGGAUCCAAACUGUUUGCAAAGGCCUUCAAAAUUCGGUUCCCGCACUGAAAGGGUUAAACAGCCAUGACGUGUUUUGAUAACAGCUUAAUUGCCUUUGUAAACUUUUCAAAGCUCUGCCAGAUUUUGGUGGAAACUGAGUUCUGGUUAUUAGUGGAGUGCUGUUAUUUGUGAUAUUUCUGUGCAAAAAAUGGUUGCCAUAGAUACUGAAGCACAACAUUAUUUGUUUCUUCCGCAACUAUAAUAUUGUUCAUUUUUGGACAACCAACAACUGCCCUGCCUUUGUGUGUUUUUGUCCCCUACGGGUGAAACCAGAGGGGACUUAUGGUUUGCGCUCUGUGUGUCAUUCUGUCUGUCAAUUUGUCAGUCUGUCACACUUUUCUUGAUCGUGCGAUAACUUUAAAAGAUCUUCAUAUUUUUU